CCCGUUUCAGAAAGCAGGUUCAACAAACUCUGAGUUAAAACCUUAACUCUAUGUUGACCAACUCUGAGCUGUCAAACUCUAAGUUAUCGGUUUCAGAACAGGUGAUAACACUUAGUUCAAUCAACUCAGAGUCAAGGUAACCCUGAGUGAAGCUUGUGCAUGAGGAUAUAAAAAGCCCUCAUCAAUGGAGCACAGAUAACAUGAUUCACCAUGGCAACAAGUGGUAAACAGCCUCGAUCCUCCUACUUCUCCCCAGUGGAGUUGGAAAUAUUAAUGACUGCGCAUGCAGAAAGUGAGCAUACAUUUUUAAAAAGAAGCAAUACUGUGGCAGCAGCAAAAGUGCGGGAUCUUGAGUGGCAGAAAAUUGCUGACCGAGUCAAUGCGUGCAACCCAACAGGCACCAAACGGACUUGGCAGCAGCUAAAGAUGAAAUAUAAAAAUGUAGUUCAAACAGCCAACAGAAAAAAGGCUGAGGCCCGCAAAACAGGUGGCGGUCCACCACCACCACCACCUCUCACAGAGGCUGAAGAGAUGGCCCUCAGUCAGAACAGUGGGCGACCCAUUGCUGAGGGCAUCUCUGGGGGGAGCUCACCGGACCCACCCACGCCCCAGGACACAGGGGCCUACAUAAAAGUUACUGAUGGUGUAAUCUGUCUCAUGGAGCCUUCUGCCAUAACAGACCUCCAUGCUGAGGAUGGUGAAGACACCUUAUCAGCUGCCACAGAGAGGGAAGAUGCAGAGAGGCCUGUUGAAAGCCAUGCUGGAAAUUACAAUGAGGAAGAAGGUCCAUCAACCUCCACAGAACAGCUUACCUCACUCCCUGUGAAACAACUGUAUAAGGUAUAUUUGCAAGCACAAAUCAACAAAUGUCAUCUGGAAAUGGACCAUAUAAGGCUGCAGAUCACAAAGACAAAAAUGGAAAUACAAAUGCUGGACCAUCGGUUAAAGGAGGAUGGUGAAGACACCUUAUCAGCUGCCACAGAGAGGGAAGAUGCAGAGAGGCCUGUUGAAAGCCAUGCUGGAAAUUACAAUGAGGAAGAAGGUCCAUCAACCUCCACAGAACAGCUUACCUCACUCCCUGUGAAACAACUGUAUAAGGUAUAUUUGCAAGCACAAAUCAACAAAUGUCAUCUGGAAAUGGACCAUAUAAGGCUGCAGAUCACAAAGACAAAAAUGGAAAUACAAAUGCUGGACCAUCGGUUAAAGGAAAUAAAGAAGACCUCAUAAAAUGAGAUGCAUAUUGUAACAUUUAACAUUGGGGAGGUGAUGGGUCAGUUAGAAAUGAUUGACGCAUAUCAUGUCUCUAACAGCUCUUCCAUCUCGUGCAUCAGCAGGGGGGGUAGGAUUAAUACCUGGAUCACAGGGGGAAAAGAGUAGGACAUUGUUCUCCACUAAUAGUGGCAAUGUUGUGGAGAACCACACAUGCCACUAUAAUGUCACAAGCUCUCUCUGGGGUGACCCUGAGCCUACCAAGGCACUGGAAC